UUAAUCGCCAUAACAAAUAUAUUCUUGAAGUGUACAUUUCCAUUAAUCUGAAAAGAAAGAAUCUAUCGAUUAGGGCGCCCAGCAGGCAAAUACAUCAAAGGUUUGCCAAGGAUAUCUUGCGAUCACGUGACCUGACUGAAACUAAGCCAUUAAUUAACUGCCAGUUCAUAAUAAUUAAAGAAAACAUCCCUAUUGUGGACACGGCGCUUUUGUUUUUCAAUUGAAGCUGCCCAUUGUAAAGUGGAGAACAUAAAAUCAUCCAUGGAGUGUUUUUCUUGGUUGGUUGGUUUGUUUUGUCAAUCAUCAGAGUUUGCUAUGCGUCGUAUACUUUAAUAAUUGGAAGCUGUGAUUGGAUGAUAAAACCCCACAAAUACUGUUGAACUGCUCACUCUACUUCAAAUAUUCAGUUAUGCUGAUAAUUUUCAUUAGGUUUUGCCCUUAAUAUGACACCACCACAACUGUGACGACACCAAAGGAUUAAGCAAGAAAGUUUGAUAACGAUUCAUCGAUCAAUUUCAUCUCAAUUUGCACAGGUGUAGAAAUUUAAAUACUAUGAAGCAAAGAUAGCAAGAGCAUUGUCGAUAAUAUUUCUUCUUACUAACUGCAUGUAUAUCAAUAUAUACGCCGGCAACUUCAUAGCAAUUUGAUUUUUAAUCAAAGUGAGAGGCUGCUGAAGCGAAGUUGGUUUUUGACAAAUUUUAUUAGCAAGUCAAAUCAUCAAGAUGCGUUUGAAGCUGUGAAGCUAUUCAUUGAGAUGGGAAUACUACAAUACUGCAUUUUCGUGCUGUUCAACGUACAUGUAUGUCUUUGUGGAAUUGCUGUACUUCCAAUAUUUGAACUAACAUUCAUUCUAUGUGAACGUGAUUCCGGAGCGAUCGACUGCGGCGAUGGCAUCAUCAUCAUCUCCACAGCUAACUAUGGACGAACUAAUUCAGAAACCUGCGGUCAGAGUCGCAGUACUAAUUGUGUUUCAGACGUAACCUCUCUCCUGACCGCAUCCUGCAGUGGCCACAUUACGUGUGCCAUUGAAGCCGAUAAUGAAGUCUUUGGAGAUCCUUGCAGCGGAGUCGAAAAAUACCUAGAAGUUAAUUACAUAUGUAUAGGAGGUACGACACUGACAACAGCGCAAGCCCAAACAAUACCACCAACUACUACACAGCAGCAAACUACAAUGAAGGCACCAUCAACAACAACACAGCAGCAAACAACGCAUAUAUCAACAACAAAUGAAGAAACAACAGCACAACCAUCAACAUCGCAACAGCAACCUACAACACCAACGCAACAGCAAACGACGGUAGGCCCUUUAACAACAAAUGAAGAAACAACAACGCAGCCAUCAACACCGCAACAGCAAACUACAACACCAACGCAACAGCAAACGACGAUGGACCCUUUAACAACAAAUGAAGAAACAACAACGCAACCAUCAACACCGCAACAGCAAACUACAACUCAUCCAUCUACAACACCAACGCAACAGAAAACGACGGUAGGCCCUUUAACAACAACAACAGGGCAGCAAACAACACCGGAGACAUCAACAUCAUAUAGAAAAAUGACAACGCAAUCCUCAACAACACCACAACAGCAACCUACAACGCAUCCAUCUACAACAGCAACGCACCAGCAAACAACGUUUGGCCCUUCAACAACAACUGGGCAGCAAACAACAAAACAGACAUCAACCGCAAGUAAAGAAACAACAAUGCAACCCUCAUCAACACCGCAGAAGAAACCUACAAUGCAUCCAUCUACAACAGCAACGCAGGAACAAACGACAAAUAAAGGCACAACAACACAAACCCCAGUAACAACACAGCGAUUAACUACAACGCAUCCAUCGAGAUCAGCACAGCAACAAACGACAGUUGGAUCUUCAACAGCACAACGGCAAACAACAACAAAGACAUCAACAACAAAUAUAGAAACAGUCACGCGACCAUCAACACCACAGCAAGAACCUACAACGCAUCCAUUGACAACAACUCAGCAACAAACGACAGUUGAAGCUUUAUCAUAUCAAGAAACAACAAUGCAGCCAUCAACGGAAAAUGAAAAGACAGCGACACAGCAGCAAACGUCAUUAAAGACAUCAAAACAAAAUGAAGAUACAACGACUCAUCUCUCAACAACACCGGAACAGCAACCUAAAACGCAUCCAUCGACAACAGCACAGCAACAAACGACAGUUGGAUCAUCAACAACACGUGACCAAACAACGCAGACAUCAACAGUAAAUAAAGAAACACAUUUGCCAACAACAACACAGCAACAAACAACAACAUCAAAUGAAGAUACAUCAAUGAAACCAUCCCAAACUACGACACAACAGCAAUCUACAAUACAUCCAUCAAUAACAACACAGCAACAAACGAAAACGCAGACGUCAACGGUAAAUGAAGAGACAACAACACAGCAGCAAACGCCAACUCAGACAUCAAAACAAAAUGAAGAUACAACGACCCAGCUCUCAAUAACAUCGCAGCAGCAACUCAUAACACAUCCACCAAGAACAAGUCACCAACAAACGACAGUUAGAUCUUCAACAACAACACAGCCGCAGUCAACAACGCAGAUUUCAUCAUCAAAUAAAGAAAGAACAACGCAACCUUCAACAACAAACCAGCAGCAAACAAGACAGCCAUCAACAACAGUGAAUAAAGAAACAACAAUAACCCCGCCUCAUACAUCUAUAGGAACGAAAGAAACAUCACAGCCAUCAACAACAGUAGUUCUGCAAACUACACUGCAACCCUUGACAACAUUGCAGCAGCAAAUUUCUACGGAAAGAUUAACAACAAAUGAAGAAACAACAAUGGAAACAGUGAUAGCAACAGAGCAUGAGGAGACGUCGACACAACAUCAAACGACAACGUGGCCAUCGACUUCAACGCAACAGCAAACAAUGCAUGCAUCGACAUUAUUGCAGGAACAAUCACAAAUGCAACAAUCAACCACAAUACAUCAGCGAACAACGCAGUUAUUCUCAUCGUCAAUGCAACAACAAACGACAUCACAUUCGUCAGCAUCAACGAAACAUCGAACAACAUCAGAACCGCAACAAACAAACCAUCAGCAAACUACAUCAGAGCAAGAAAAAACGACGCAGCAGCAAACAAGAACGCAGUCUUCGGCACGACAAAGCACAACACAAAAAUCAACAACGCAGCCAUCAACCCCAACACUGUUAAUGCAAACGACGCAGCCAUCAACAACACAAAUACAGCAGCUAACGACGACGCAUUAUUCAUCAAUCGGACGACAGACAACGUCAGGGACCGCAGAAAUAUAUCAAGCAAGAGCAACGCAGAGAAAAUUGCCAUCAAAAUAUAAGAUAUUCAGAAGAUACUGGCUUCUUGCAGACAACGCCGCACUCGAUGCCUCAUACGCACUCCCUGGUGUGACGUCAUUCAUCCAGUGCAGUCAAAUAUGCUUCGAUGAGGCCUCGUGUCCUGCUUUCACAUACAUCAAAAGUGAUAGAUUGUGCUUAAUAGGCGAGCAUUCAGCCCUGAACAUGCUUCAACUACACCAGGGGGCUAAGACCUAUUCAAGCGAGCUUAAUUUGUAAAAGUUCGAAUCCACAUGGAUUUUAGAUCAAGAGAAAAGGAUGGAUGUGAAAGAAUACGACAUGAACGAAUUAGCCAGUUCCUUAUAUAAAUUGAUAUAAGUGUGUCAUGUGUGUGGGGAUGAGGAUCAUUUAAAAAAAAAAAAAAAAA